AUCCAAAUACAGGGAAAACAUUUUCCACUGUAGAAGAAUUUAUUGGUAAUAAUACAUACAUAAGAGGGGGAACUCCUACAUCAUUUACAUCAAAAUUUGUGGAUAAAAAUUCACAAGGAUUUACUCUAUUUACCAAAUUGCUAGCAGGACACAUUAAUGAAUACAAGUGGAAGAGUAAGGAUGUUGUUAUAUUAACAAAUGGGCAUUGUGGUUCGUCAUGUUCGUUGAUAACUCAUCGAAUGGCAGAAAAAUUUAACGUAAGCACUAUUGCCGUUGGUGGUUAUAAAGAUAUGCC